ACCGACAGGAAGAGGCGCAGAAGAAAAAAAAACCAAGAUGGCAGCGGGUGCGGAUCACGGGCUGAAAAGAAUAGUUUGGAAAAGAAUACAAGACACCAUCAUUGCAGACUGCAGAAAAUCAGAAGUAUGGAAGAUAUUGAUUCUGGACCCCUUCACCACCAAGCUCCUCUCUUCAUGCUGCAAAAUGUCCGAUUUGAUGGCAGAGAAGAUCACAAUUGUGGAGGACUUGUACAAAAGCCGAGAGCCGGUUCUAGAAAUGAAAGCCAUCUACUUCAUGACACCAUCUGCCGAGAGUGUGCAGGCCUUCAUCAAUGACUUCAAGCCCAAACCAAAAUACAAAGCAGCAUACGUUUAUUUCACUGACUACUGCCCCGAUGAUCUGUUCAACAACAUGAAGCUGUACUGUGCAAAGCACAUACGAGUCUGUAAGGAAAUUAACAUAUCCUUCAUGCCACAGGAGGCACAAGUGUUUACAUGUGAUAAUCCUGGGGCUUUCAAAAGCAUCUACAGUCCCAACAGCCAGGACAAAAAGAAGACACUGGAGACUCUCGCAGACCAGCUUGUCACGCUGUGUGCCACGUUGGAUGAGUACCCAGGGGUCAGAUAUAAGAAAGACAACAACAUGGAGAAUGCAAAGAUUCUGGCCGAGCUGGUGGACAACAAACUGGCCAGAUACUUUGAGCUGGAUGACAGUGGUAAGAAAAAGGGAAAAACUCAAGCCCAGCUGCUUAUAGUGGAAAGAGGCUUUGACCCUGUGAGCCCCAUCCUGCACGAGCUGACCUACCAGGCCAUGGCCUACGACCUCAUUGAUAUCCAGAAUGACACCUACAAGUACAAGUCUAAAGACGGUGCAGAAAAGCAGGCCGUGCUCAAUGAGGAUGACAUGCUCUGGGUUCGGCUGAGGCACAAGCACAUCGCGGAGGUCUCAGCUCAGAUCCCGAAGAUGGUAAAGGAGAUAUCUGCCAGCAGGAAACAACCAGACGGGAAGAUCACAAUUAACAAUUUGGCCCAAAUGAUGAAGAAGAUGCCGGCUUUUCGUAAACAACUGACUGAGAAAACGGUUCAUCUGCAGCUGGCUGAGGACUGCAUGAAGCAUUUCUCUAACAACGUGGAAAAGCUCUGCAAAGCCGAACAGGACCUUGCAGUAGGUUCAGAUGUGGAGGGCGUGAAGGUGAAGGAUCCUAUGAGGACCCUGCUGCCUGUACUGCUACACCCAUACAGCACUCACGACAAGAUCAGAGCUGUGUUGCUUUACAUCUUCAGCGUCAAUGGAACAACAGAUGAGAACUUGAACAAACUUAUCCAACACGUUAAGAUCGAAGCCGACAGAGAGUUUAUCCUGAACUGGAAAGAACUGGGUGUUCCCAUCAUAACAUCGCCAAGUUUCUUCAGCCGCAAGCCGACCCGACGAGAUCGUUCUCAGGAGGACACCUACAACCUGUCCAGAUGGACUCCUGUCAUAAAAGAUGUGAUGGAGGAGGCUGUGGAGAACAAAUUGGACGUCAAAGAGUGGCCACACCAGUCUGAGAGUCCUGCUGCCUGGAACGGCUCUGGGGCUGUCAGUGCCCGACAGAAGCACAAACCCAGCUCUCAGGACGAACGGCGGACCGGCUCUCGCCUCAUCAUCUUCGUGAUUGGAGGAGUCACCUACUCUGAGAUGCGCUGUGCUUACGAGGUCACUCAGGCAGUGAAGUCCUGCGAGGUUAUCAUCGGGUCAUCCCACAUAUUGACUCCCACUGGCCUCGUGAAUGACAUCAAGUCCCUGAGCAAAGGCCCGAUGGAAGUCUUCACAAUAGAUGAGAGGAACAACGCCUGAGAAGUCUGCCUUCCACAGUGUAUUUCCCCAAACUCCCUGUUUUUCCUAUGUCUCAUUUUUCCCAGCACAGUGCACUCAACUCGUCUUCCUGUUUGGAAUACUGAAGGGAAUUUACUUUAUACACAACUUUAUUUCUUUUCAAACAUGGUAUGCAAACUGUUGUAGGGAUGAGGGAAAGUUCUCUUUUAUCUUAGUCCCUACUUAGUAAAAUGGUAUGCUUCAAACGUGUUGCAUCAUGUUGAGAUUUGAUGGUGAGAAAAGUUAACCAACCUCAUCCUUGCAAAUAUUUUAUGUAAAAACUGUCUAACCUGCUUAAUUGUUUGUGCCUUGGCCAUUAAAACAUUGUGGUGUUACAGGUUGAAUGAUCUUUUAAAGAUGUUGAGAGACGAAAUGAUUGCGAGUAGAAGCAUUGACCUGAUGUGUGUGUAUAUACUGUAUGUAAGCACUGAGCCCCUGCUGUGUCAUGCUGACUUUUUCACUUCUGUUCAGAAAUGCCUAAUGUGCUUUGAAGAGUUUUUAACCUAGAGUAUUUACGUUUUCCUGUAAUUGAACAACUGACUAAUAAAGAGAUGAAGUGGUUCAUA